GAUAACCAUCUGCACAUGCGCAGCGCGACCAUCAUCGACCACUGGUUAACAAAGCAAGGCAAGGCCAUCGAGGGCUGCGGAAAAAUGGCAGCCGCUGUGAGUGGUCCUGCAAUUCCGAUUAAUCAAACAAAUUUAGAAAAAGUAGAAAGCUUCUUAAGCGAUCCGUUGUAUAAUGAGAGUAUAGAAAGCUCAUUAAAUUACAAUACGCGGCUAUGUAUCGAAAGGCGAUUACGACUUCCCUUCAUAGACGCUCAGACAGGCGUUGCCCAAAAUCAUUCCUCGCUAUUCAUGCACAAGAGACAACGGAUCCCAGGACUUCUACCGGGGCAGAUCUACACGUAUCCACGCCAGAGAUGGAGAAAGAAAAGAAGACAGUAUUUGAUAGUGAAUUCAAGGGCAUUUGCAAGGGCGACAGAUUCCAUGCUGGAUGGAGAUGCUGAUAUGCACAAUAUAUCACAAAUUGAAAAUCCUGCUCUUCAGGAUACUGAUAGUAAAGAUAGUCAGUUGUUGAAAGAUGAUUCAAAGGAUUGGUAUUAUGAUGAUCAAGAUAUGUUAGAAAUGGACGCCUAUGAUGAACCUGAUCAAGAUUCUGAUUUGGAUUAUGAGGAAACGUACAGUAAAAGAAGUAAAAGGAGAAAAAAUACAGGACGGGGUCGAGGUGGUAAUGAUUCACCUAGUACUCCUGGUAGAAAAAAGGGAAGUGGUAGAGGUCGAAAAAAAGCAGUUCACAGUUUUGAACCAACCCCUGGAGAUCCGGACAAGCCAUUUGCUUGUGAACUGUGCGGAGCGCGUUACAAGACUCGACCCGGGUUGACAUACCACUACAGCCAUUCACACAAAGAGGGCGCUAGUGAUGAAAACUCGCGCGACAGUAACGCCCCCACCCCUUCCUCGCAGCUUGGCGCUGCGUUGAUGCAGGGCCCCCACGGCCUCAACCCGCCCAUAAUGGGUGGGAUGUUGCCGGGGCCCGUUAUGUCUCAGCCGCCCAUGCUGGGGGGGAUGGGGGAAGAGGCCCCUACUGCCAUACCUCAAGGGCCCGUCAUCCAAGGACAUGUGUAUCAAGAUAGUUAUGUUUCCUUUUUGAACCAGACACCCGGUACACCGGGUCGUCGAGGCCGUCAGCCAAACCCUCCUCCACCUUCUAUUCCUCCUCAAAUAAUGCAACCACCGUCACAAUCCAACACACCUCCAACGUUACCUCCCAAUUUACCACCAGCACAACCUUCUCCCCCAGUCGAUGAUCCUCCAAUGCCUGUCUUGCUUCCCGAAAAAAUCGAUCCUCCUCCCUCUACGUCAAUGGACUGCGGUAAAGAUAAAGCGGCACCUAGUCCUUACUGUGACUUUUGCUUAGGCGAUUCAAGGGAAAAUAAAAAGACUGGCGUAAUGGAGGAACUUGUAUCUUGUUCCGAUUGUGGGAGAUCAGGACACCCAUCUUGCCUCUUAUUCACCGAAAACAUGAAAAUAUCUGUAAAGAAAUAUAGCUGGCAAUGUAUUGAAUGUAAAUGUUGUUCCGUUUGUGGUAAUUCGGAUAACGAUGACCAGUUGUUGUUUUGUGACGAUUGUGACCGUGGUUAUCACAUGUAUUGUCUCUCUCCGCCUUUAACAGAUCCUCCCGAAGGAUCGUGGUCCUGCAAACUAUGCAUCGAGCAAUUCCAUAAGUAAUUAUUUUCAAAUGUAAACAAAUUACUUAAACGAUAAUUCGAAGUUUUCCGUUUGUUUCAAGUGUACAUUAAUAUUAGACUUAGUUUUAAGUAAGUAUUUUUUUUAUAAAUUAGUACUUAGGAUAAGGUUAAUUAUAUGCACUAGGUACUUAACACGAUUAAUAUAGUACUUAAAAUUACUUUGGCCUACACUAAACUAUUUUAAUACGGUUUAUUUUCUAAGAGUCCAUUUUUAUUGUAGCUACCUCGACAAAUUUAUUUAUAAGUAAGUACCUAUCGAUAUAGGUUUUGCGAUGAUGCUUUGUUUUUCUAUUUUGUAUUCAA